UUGGACGCAGCCGCGCUAUCAUCCCCUCUGCCUUAAGCCGCGCCGCGCCCAACCCACGGCGGCCGGCAGGCAGAUCGAUCACCGUGCUUCCACUCUCGCCUUUCCAUCUGCGCGUCACCUUCCGGACUUCCAUCUCACAUCAACUCGGAUCUUUCCCUGAGAGAUUGUCACUUCCCCUGUUUCCUCCCCCAGUCCGGUCCCGACCAAGAACCGACCUUCGCCAUGGCGGAGCCGGCCAAGAACGAGGCCCACGUCGUGGAGAUCCCGGUCGCCGUCGACGGCGGCGAAGCGUCCGGAGGCGAUGAGGCCUUUCUUGACAAGUCGACGGCGGCGGGCGAGGGCCACCCGCUCGGGGAGAUCGCGGCGAGCGCGGGGCAUCUGCUGCUGCUCAAGCUGUGGCAGCGGGAGGAGGACCGCCUGGGCCGCCGCGCGUGCGCGCUGGAGGCGCGCAUGGACGCGGCGCGCCGGGACGCAUUCUACCUCUGCGCGGCCUUCCUCGCCUUCCACGGCCUCUCCCUCGCGCUCCUCUUCGCCGCGUCCGUGGCCGCCUCCGCCGCUUCCCCUUCCCCUUCCCCGUCCCCCGCGUGCAGGAGGUGGUGGGCGCCGUCAUCCCUAUCCCUGGCGGCGUCGCUCGCGCUCGCCGCGGCCGUUCAGCUCCGGGUGUGCGCCUACUGGCGCGCCGCGGCGCGGCUGCGCCGGGACCGCGGCGACGCGCGCGCGCUCGCGCGGGCCGUGCAGGAGCUCCGCUUGAAGGGCGCCGCGUUCGACCUGUCCAAGGAGCCGCAGUACGGGGUGACGAGGGCCAAGUGCGCCAGCGUGGAGGGCGCGGGCGCGUGGGCACCGCUCCGAUGGUGUCGGCAGAACGUCGUCACGCUCUGCCUCCUCGCCGUCGCUGCCGCCGCCUUGCCCUCCGGCAAGUUCAUCCUCUGCACCUAGGAUGCAUGGAGGCUACAGCGUUGGGGUCGCCAGCUUCUUUAGCUGAUCUGCAGAACCAAACAUGGGGACUGCUCGCCGCACAGGGAACAGAGACACUACUUGUGCUCCCUUGGCAAGACCCUCUGAAAU